AGGAAGUGACCCCAUUCGCUCGCCGUAGCGCCUGUCGCCAUUUUCAAAACUGCUAAGCUUUAUUGCGCACAUUUGUCCAGCAAAGACGUUUAAAUAAAGAAGCGGAUCGUUUGAAUUCUUUAAGCUGUGUUCUGACAAGAGGAUAUAAUGAUGGAGCUUCCCAACUACAGCAGCCAGCUGAUGCAGCAGCUGUGGGCCCUGAGGAAAGAGGGCACCUUCUGUGACUGCACCAUCCUGGUGGGAGACAGCCCUCACCGUGCACACAAACUAGUUUUGGCCGCCUCCAGCAUGCUCUUCAGGUCCCUCCUGGAUGGUUCCGACACCAUUUCCAUCGACACAGCUGUGGUGUCCUCCCAGGAAUUUGGCUGCCUGCUGGACAUGGUGUACACCGGCAAGCUGCCCGUGGGCAAACACAAUGUUAGCCGCAUUGUUGCAGCUGCGGACAAUCUGCAGAUGUUUGACGUAGCAGUCUGCUUUAAAAAUGUUCUCACCAGCCUUGUGAACCAGCAGCCGCCUGUCCAGAUUCUUUCUACACAGACUUCAAACCACUGCAUGAUAAACAAAGCUCAGUGUGUGAACCCUGGUGGUUCAUCUACAUCUAAUAAGGAUGACUCAGCUUCACGCAAGAUUGAGCUAAAGAUGGAAAACUGUCAGGCUGACGGUACAGAUGAGCCACUAAGAGCCUAUGUGGAACAUUCAGAGUCUUUAGAGCCUGAAAAAGUCAAAUCUUCAGCCAGGUUGCCCAGUGACUCUAGCACUGGUCUUCUGGAACAUUCCUCUCAGCUUGUGGAGCUUCUUAGCAACAUGCCAUCUGUCCUGGAGCUUCUGAGCCAGGCAGCACAGAGCAGUCUGGAUGAAGAGCAGAGCCAGGUUGUGAUUCACUGCUGUAACAAGGCAGAUCCCAGCUCAGCGUUGGAGAGCCUCAUAAGCAGAGUGAAAGAAGGGAAGGUCAGUGAGGGAGCACUCUGUAAGCUGCUACAGACUGUCCAGAACAACGCUUUUUCCACCUUCCCUCCAUCACUGGUUCCUCUGCUCAAGGACAAGGAAAACACACAAACGCCAAUCAGUGACGAAACGAAAGUGGAGUCAGUUCAGCAGAAUGGAUCCACCAGUGAAAUAAAUCAGAUGGAGGAGGGAGAAGAAGCAAACACCAAGGAGGAUACCGGAAAUGAAGACAAAGAAACAAACUCUGCAUCAGACUCCUCUUCGCCUCCUCCAUCUUCGUCCCAGUCGUCCUCCAAACCUUUCUCCUGUCGCUGGUGUAAGAAGGAUUUUGCCUACAAGUGUCGGAUGCUGGCCCAUGUGAAGCGCUGCUCCAUGUCUCAGGAGCGCAAGCAGCAGUGUCCACAGUGUCCAAAGAAGUUGCCCAAUCCCCGCGCCCUGCUGCGCCAUCAGGUUGAAGCUCACCGCAACACUGCUCGUGUCAAGAAGAAGGUGGCCUGUGACCUGUGUGGGCGCACCUUUGCCCACCCCUCAGGUAUGAUUUACCACAAACGAACUGAGCACUUUGAGGAGAAGCCAUUUGUCUGUGAGGAAUGUGGUGCAAAGUUUGGUGCCAACUCAUCCCUGAAGAAUCACAUGCGUCUGCACACUGGAGAGAAACCGUACCACUGCAAACACUGCGACAUGAGCUUCAGCGUGGCUGCAGCGCUCGCUUACCACACCAAGAAGAAACACUCAGAGGGGAAGAUGUACGUGUGUCAGUACUGCAAGGCCGUCUUUGCCCAGUCCAUUGAGCUGACGCGUCACGUGCGAACACACACCGGUGAUCGGCCUUACGUGUGUCGGGAAUGUGGCAAAGGAUACAGUCAGGCCAGUGGACUCACUGUUCACCUGCACACGUUCCACAACUUGUCAGAGCCCCACGACUGUCAGAAGUGCUGCUUCAGCUUCUCAUCACUGGAGGAGCAUCGGCAGCAUAUUCAGGAGUUCCACCCGAAGGAGUUUCACAAAUGCCCCAUCUGCAACAAGGUGUUCACCAGCGUCAGUCUUCUCGACAAACACAAGGUCACACACAUGGGAAACAAGCCCUUUAGCUGUGACAUCUGUAACAAGUCCUACCAGCAACUAUCAGGUCUGUGGUAUCAUAACAGGACCAACCACCCUGAUGUGUUUGCUAACCACACUCGGCAGCUCAAGACCCUGGUCCAGUGUGAUGUUUGUUUCAAGUUCUUCCCCAGCACUGCCAGUUUGGCCAAACAUCAAGCUGCUGAGCACCAAGGCUCAGCUACAUCAACGGGCAAAGAAGAGGAGAUGCAGGAGCACAACAGCCAGCACCAGAGCCAGAGUGGAGAUCCUGUAAGGUGCCCCCUCUGCCCUAUGGCACUCACGUCCCAAUGUGAACUGCAGAAGCACCUGCUCUGCUGCCACGUGGAGACCCAGGAGGAGCCGGAGACCACGGAGGAGCAGGCUUCCACCUCCAGCACCGUGAAUUCAGCAGAUGAUGGCGGGGCGGUCAUUUCUGAGGAGCAUGUGCAGCAGGUGCUAGUAGCCCUGGCAGGUGCAGGAGAGAGUGGCUCAUCCACAGAGGUGGUGGAGGUCAACAUGUACGACCUACUCAACAGCUCCGUCACCUUCAUCUGUCCCACCCCCUGAACAAUGAGCUUUGACCUCCGGAGCAUCAUGUUCUGUAUCAUCUCCUUUGAUUACAAAUGAACUGACACAGACUGGCUCAUUGUUUUCUGCACUUUAUUGGCUUUUUGACUGACCUGGAUUUUCUUUGUUGUGUGUGAUGCUAAAUGUGAGGGAAAAAUACAAAAUACUACCUUAAAAUGAUACCAGCAAAACUAAAAGGAGUGUGGUGAAACAGGGUGGCUAUAGGUCCAUAUUUUAAAUAUUACAAUUGCAAAUGUAUUUUAUUGUUUAUUACAGAAGCCAAGGUCUAGUAGCAACCUGCUUAAACAGAGGAAUAAAAACCUAUAGUUUCAAACUGUCUGUGGGAUAUAUUCACAUGAGCAGGUUUAGGAUUCACACUAGAACAUUAAAGACUGAUCUUUGACAGGA